CAACAUUCGUGGAAGUGCCAUUUGUAAACAAUCAUCUCGUGCGUUACUCAACUCAUUACACACCUCUGCACUGUUUUUGAAAUUGAUUUACAUAGAAAAUACAUAUAUUUUGACAACAGAAAAUCAUCAAAUGGCGUUAAGAACAUUAAUAUAUGCGGGAAAGAAUUCGCUUGGCCUCGUAUUACCUGCUGGAUUGCCGGUCAAGCCACCCUUAAAUAAGGUCAUACCGGCAGUUCAGGGAUCUGUAGUGAAAAAUUUUUCUUUGUCCUCGCAGAGAAAUAUUAAGAAGAUUAAUGUUGAAGAAUCCGAUAAAGUAACAACGAUAAGUGCAGAGUAUGUCGAAUCACCAUUAGCUCCUCGUCUGUUGAAAACAGGAAAAGAAAAGAACCAUGUUUGCCCACUUUGUGCAUUGAACCUUGAUGUCAAGCAUACUGAUGUGUUGAUAUUGUCCCAGUUCAUGCGUCCAGAUGGCUGUAUGUUACCACGACGUAUCACUGGACUUUGCUCAAAGCAGCAGUUGCGAGUCACAUAUCUUGUUGCAAUGUCACAAAAAGCUGGUCUGAUGCCUAAUUUAGCGCCCAGUUGGAGUAAAAAGGACCCAAAGAAGAGGUAUGGGUCUAAAAAGUACAACCGGUAUUUUGAUGAAUCAACGCUGGAUUGAAGUUUCUGAUGAUUUGGAGCUUUUCAUUGUAUAUGUAAGAAAAUAAAUGACGAAAAAUUGAAAAAUGCCUUUGUGGAGAAAAGUAGGUAGUAUAAUUGUUUUAUCACAGUUACUAUUCUUCAGUUUAGUCCGAUGUAUUAAAUAAAUGAAGGCCCGUUGUAGAAAACAUUUAUUGAUUCUAGAGGUAACAUAUUUGCUUAGAAUAUUUUAUUCAUUAAGAUAAACAUCCUGUAUUUGAUUUGAUAAGUGAAGAUAACAAGUAAGUUGUUUAGAGAGUGCAAAAUCAUAGUAUGUAUGAUGUUACAAAAAUGUGAAUGCACAUCUAAUAUAGUGUACAUCGGUAUGUUGUGUUGAUUUCUCAUAGGUUUCAUAGCCCAGCAGGUUGAACAAGAGGACCUGGGUAGAAUUAUUGCUGUGUUAUUAAAUUAUUCCAUUUUUGUGUAACACUGAGAGAAUGCAGUCCUAAAAGAUAAAUUGAAAAGCAGUACCUAGAAAUUAAAUGGUAGAGUAUUUUAAGGUUUUCUGACCUCAAGGUUAUUUGUUUGAUGUACUUUUCUGUAAAUAGGAACUCUAUGAAAGAAAACUAGUAAGCUGGUAGUGGAAUAACCAUGUUCUAUUUGCUUUCAGUGUUUACAGAAAUCUGACUUCUACAGGGGUCUUUUUUAUAAAUGUAAAUAUGUCUAAAUAAAUUUACACUAAU